UACAUAGUCUUUUCUAAUCCUACUCUAUUAUCGGAUCGGCUUUGCUCUCACUUCUCUGUGAGUUAGGUCUGUGUUCUGAACUGGCUUGGGUUUUCAGCUUGUUGAAAAGCACCCCUCCCCCAAGCUUCGGCGAAACAGGAACAACUCCUUUGAGAGAAAAAAAAGCUGCACAAGUUUGGAACGUCUUGGAGAAGCCCUUGUUGUCGCUUGGAGUAUAAUAGCCAGGGGUUGAGAUUUAUUUAUGCGAAAACUGGAUUUAUUCUACUCUUCUUGUUUAUCGUGGAAAAGAACCCUUUAACCUCGCCUUUUGCGUCACUUCUUUUGAAAAUGGUCUACUUUCAUCGGGAUAAUGAUUCUUGAAAGCCUUUAUGUGUAUGGAAUAAUUUGUCCUCACCAACGAGAGAGGAUGGGACUCGUGGAGCUCUGUAUAAAUUAUAUGUGAUAUCGUGUGCAGUAUUGAAGGAUAUUCAGACACAAUGGGUUUAUGAAUGGGCACUGUGGUGUUUUGCUGACAGGGAGGGCCGGAAUUUGAGGCUCUGACAUUUGGGACUCCAGGCCGACGCUAAGCCACACUGAGUCCGCUGGACCGCUGUCAAAGGGCGCUCCUCAUUAGGAGUAGCCGGGGUCACUGAGACCUGGGGUCAAUAAGCAGCGUUGGGGAUUGAAGAGCAGACAUGGCCACGGCUAUAUCGUGACACAGUGGGAGGGACAUGUGUGCCCAAUGACUGCGAGGGCUCCCUGAGGAGACUCCAGGCACACACCGCACACACCGACAUCCAGAGGAUGCUGGAGGUGCAAGAGGAAAGAGCCACAGCAGGAAACUUCAGCCGGAAAGAGCGAGCCAGGAAGGAGCGGGAGGAGGCGGGUCCAGACAUUGGCAGAGCCAAUAACAGUAACCCCUCCAGCCUUGCCCCUAACACCGCCCCUGUUGGAACAGGCCCCAGGAACCCCCGGGCUAAGGCCAGACCCUCGGCCAGCCCGCACCAGCACUUGAAUCCACCUUCCGUCUCCCUGGGAUCGCCGUCAAUGCAUUCCAGCAAUCCCAAAGUGAGGAACUCCCCGUCGGCUAACACACAGAGCAGUCCCAAACAGAAGCAGGAGGCCAUGGUGCGCUCCCCACCCGUCAUGUCUCCCUCCAGCGCUGCCCAGAUGGACUCCAAACUGCCCAAUCAGGGAAAGCCCGGGGGUGCGAGCAGCCAGUCACAGCCUUCUCCUUGUGAUCCAAAAACUCUGGGCCCCAAAGGGCCCGUGGGGAGCCUGGGGCUAAAAAACGGACAAGGCCUGAAUGCAGGCAACGGGGCCAAAGGCAAAAUGAAGAGAGAACGGAGCACUUCGGUGGAGUCGUUUGAGCAGCGUGACACGGGGACGCCCAACCACGACGCGGAGCAGAAAGAGCUGGGCAGCCGAGCCAAGAGGCUGUGUGUUGCCGAGCGACGGCAGCCCUACAGUGGAGCGGACUGGUGCUCAGGCGGUGAGAGUGAUGAGGAAGACCCAGGGUUCUUUAACUGCAAUUCCACCGAGAUGAAGCCUAUGGACGUCAACAACACGCUCAGCUCUGCAAUAUCGACCCACAAUGCCAUUGGAGGGCAGAGCACGGAGCUGGGUGGCAGCUGUCCCAAGCCUGGGUCAAAGGUUGUCUACGUCUUCACAACAGAGAUGGCCAACAAGGCGGCUGAUGCGGUCUUUACAGGCCACUCGGACAACAUCAUCGCCUUCCACAUGAACAACAUCUCCAACAGCAAGGGAAGCAAAGCCCAUCUACCUGUGAAUAAUCAGAUGGGUCCUCCUCGGGGCGACUCAAAGCAGCCCCAGCAGCAGUCAUCUCACCUCUCCGAACAGAACCACCAGCAGGCCUCCAAAGCACCUUUAUCGGGCCAGCAACAGCCGGCCUCAGCAGCCCAGCCGCAGGGGGCUAAGCCUGGCAGCCUCCCCCAGGACGGGAUCUCUUCAGGGGGUAUGGACUCUAAAAAUGGAAGCCCCCUGGACGGUACACCCCACGACCCUAACAGCAACCCUGGGGGCACACCUGGCCACCAGACACCCUCUGGAGCUUCUCAACCUGGCUUCACCUCGUUGGACAUUCCUAAAGGGGCUGAAGCUAAACUCACGGCUCAGCAGCAGCAACAGCUGGCCCACGAGCUAAUGUCCAGCAUGGGGGACAACCCUGAGGGGCUGUCACAGGAACAGCUGGAGCAUCGCGAGCGCUCCCUGCAAACGCUCCGGGACAUCCAGCGUAUGCUCUUUCCUGACGAUAAGGAGUUCUCCCUCAAAGACAUGGCAGCCAUGGGCCAGGGGAACUUGGGCGGCCCACCAGGGCUGAAUGCCGGAAUGACUGAGACGGGCCCCAAGAAGACGGGGGAGCAGGGCCCCCUGCAGGCCAUGAUGGCCCAGUCACAGAGCCUGGGGAAGCCCGGAGGCCCAGGGGGCCCCCGGCCUGACGGGCCUCCAUUUGGGCCCGGAGGCCCUAGGGACAUGGCUGGGCGAUUUUCCCCAGAUGAGCUUGGUCCCCCGCCUCCAGGGCCGCCCAUGAACUCUCAUGGAGGGCCUGGCGGUGACCACGGGGAUCACGCAGGGAUGAACCCGGAGCAGAUGGCGUGGCUGAAGCUGCAGCAGGAGUUCUACGAGGAGAAGAAGAGGAAGCAGGAGCAAAUGCAGCACCGUGGCCCCAUCAGCGAGAUGAUGAUGCACCAGCAAGGGCCCCGGGGACCCAUGAUGCGUGGGCCCCCGCCUCCCUACCAAAUAAACUCUGCUGGGGAGAUGUGGGGCCCUGGUGGCCCUGAGCACUACCCGGAGCAGAUAAACAUGGGGCCCCGGGGCCCCAUGCACCCCCACAUGCAGAGAAUGCCAGGUGGCUUCCCUCCUGGCAUGAUUAACCCAGACAUGGAAGGAGGCCCUAACCCCAGAGGAUCCCGUCCCGGUAUGAACUGGCCUGAUGACAUGGGGCCCAACAUGGGGGAUGGCCGGGGUUUUCCACCUGGACAGGGGCCAUUUGGAGGACCUGGGGGUCGGGUUGAGAGAUUCCCCAAUCCGCAGGCUGUGCAGGAGGCCAUGUUCCAGCAGGGCAUGGGGGGUGAAAAGCAGGGCAUGGGGCUGCCCCCUGGCAUGAUCAUGGAGAUGAACAGAAUGAUGGGGGGCAAUGGCCCCCGUGGGCCCAUGGAUGGCCCAGGCAAUGGCCCCAACGGAGGGGGCAUGAUGUUUCCCAGAAUGCCUGGCGAUGUUGGCCCCAUGAGCCCCUCCUCCAGGAUGGAGUUUGUCAAGGGCCUGGGCAGGGAGAUGGGCCCUGAGUUUAGCAUGGGCCCUGGGAAUAUGAACAUGGGGCCCAACCCCCAGAUGAUGCAAGCUAAGAUGCGUGGGGAGCCUCCCAUGAACAUGAGUCCAGAGGAGAUUAUGAAAAUGAGAGGUGGCCCAAUGCCAGAAAACAUGGGCCCUCAGAAGAUGAUGCAUGGGCCUCCCUUCCCUGACCAAGGUCCCCACCCCGGGGACUUUAACAUGGGCCCCAAUCGUCACUUUCCUGGCAUGGGGCCUCACGGGCCAGGGCCUAGUAACUCUAGGGGCCCCAGGGGGGAACCCCCGUUCGGCCCCGACCAGCGAGGACCCAAUCACGGUGGCAACGGUCGACUUAGCCACAUGCCCCCCAAUUCGGCUCCCAACCUGAACUCGGGCCCGCCCCCAAACCAGAGGAACAUGGGAGGCCGCAAGGCUCCCCAGGACAUCCAGAGUGGCCAGGCCAACUCCCCCAACGUCAACCCUCUCAAGUCUCCCACACUGAGGCAGGUACAGUCUCCUAUGCUGGGCUCGCCCUCAGGGAACCUCAAGUCCCCCCAGACUCCCUCCCAGUUGGCCGGCAUGCUCCAGGGGACCACGGCAGCGGCGGUUGCCUCCUCCAUUAAGUCUCCCCCCAUGAUGGGUUCAGCGGGUGCCUCACCUGUGCACAUGAAGUCACCGUCACUCCCUGCCCCCUCUCCGGGCUGGACAUCAUCCCCAAAGCCCCCCAUGCAGAGCCCAGGUAUCCCGCAGAACAACAAGCAGCCCCCACUUGGCAGCAUGAUGGGGAACGUGGAGCAAGGAGGAAAUGGCCCUCCCACAGCGCCACCCUCAAGUAGUGCUUCCAGUCAGCCUGGCUCGAUGAAUGUCCCGCCCAGUCUUCCAUCCGGCAGCCCCUAUGCCCUGCCCCCCGAGCCCACGCUAUCCCAGAACCCCCUGUCCAUCAUGAUGUCACGCAUGUCCAAGUUCGCCAUGCCUAGCUCCACACCCCUAUAUCACGACGCCAUCAAGACAGUGGCAAGUUCUGACGACGACUCGCCGCCAGCCCGCUCGCCUAACCUGCCAUCCAUGAACAAUAUGUCUGGUAUGGUGGUGAACCACCUCCCGGGCCACAACCGCAUGAUGGCCCCCUCGUCGCAAGGUCCCAUGGCCGCCCUCAGCCCUAUGGGCAUGAACUCCAUGGGCUCCCAGCCCCUCUCCCACGGCAUGCCUAACCAAAUGCCCUCGCCCAACCCUAUGGGGGGACCUCACCAGGGGCCCAUGGGGCCAGGCAUGAUAGGUCCCCAUGGCAUGAUGAUGCCCGGUGGGCAGGACCCAGGAAUGGGCAACCCUCAGAUGAUGCCUCAGGGCCGGAUGAGCUUCCCCCACCGAGGCCAUGGGUUCCCCCCAGGCCAAUCCCCUCCCCAACACAUGCCCUUCCCACACAACGGCCCCGGGCCCCAGGGUGGCUUCCCCCAUGGCAUGGGCUUCCAAGGGGAUGGGGGCCCCAUGGGCCGAAUGGGCAACAUGGGCCCUGGAGGGGAUCCAGGGGGUAUGUGUAAACCAAACGCCCCUGGAGGGGGGCAGGACUUCAACAUGUUCAACAACGAUAACGACCUCCACGAGGUCAUGCGAACAGGAGCCACUGGAAUGCCAGAGUUCGACCUCUCUCGGAUCAUCCCUUCGGAAAAGCCCAGCCAGACUCUGUCCUACUUCCCCCGUGGCGAUGGUCCCGGGGGGAAACCGUCUCACCCCUCCGGCCCCCAGGGCUUCCCUCAGAUGCAGGGGAUGAUGGGUGAGGGGAACCCCAGGAUGGGCAUGUCCAUGCAAGGGAUGGGUGGUCCGCCAGGCCCUGGACACUUGGGGGGGCCUCAGGACAUGCCCAUGGGAAACCCCGGCCACAACCCAAUGCGCCAGCCACACCCUGGCUUCAUGCCCCAGGGCAUGAUGGGACCCCAGCACCGGAUGAUGUCAUCGGGGCAGCAGCCAGGCAUGAUGGGAGGCCCUGGGAUGAUGAUGCAGGGUAAGGAGAGGGGGGGGCCCAUGUACAAUCAUCCGGGACCUGUGGGCUCACCCAACAUGAUGAUGUCACUCCACGGCAUGGGUGGCCCACAGCAGACUAUGGCCAUGCCUCCGCAAAUGAGGCCCCGCGGCAUGGCAGGGGACAUGGGCAUGGGCUUCAACCCUGGACCUGGAAACCCCGGGAACCUCAUGUUCUGAGCUGCUACAGACAACUAUAAACUAAAGACCUGAAAUCAGAACCCACCGAAGUCUAGAACCUGUGAGUCUAGAACCUGCGCAAACAGAGGAAUACAAGUGAGACUAAAGCUCUCACAGGUGUUUUUUUGUGUUAACUGGGAUGCAUAGAUUCACUCGCACACUCACCCUCAAGACACUUUUGGCCAAGUUCAGUAGUUUGGUGUGGUGCUGAAGCUGCAGUGUGUUCCGCAAAGGGGAAGGCGGGUGUACACCAAUUUAAAAACGACUGACCUUUCUGUUGUUUGGGAAAACUCCUGAAUGUACGGGACGAGUUGAAGUAAGCUCCAGUGUUCUUGAAAAUAACUCUGCAAAAGGACAAAGCGGACCAGAGGUCCACAGUUGUACUUUCUGUAAUAAAAGAACGACUCAGCAACGCUAGUGAAAUUAACGGUAAGGAAUAAAAACACAACAAAAUGAAAGAAAAGACAAGAAGGUCACAGAACUUUUUUUUUUUUGUCUCGAGUUGCACCAUUUUCAACUGUAUGUUUACAUUUCAUCCCAUCACUACCCUCCAGAGAUUCGAUGCUCUUUGUAUUUGUGUACUGUAUUUGUGUUGUUAAAGGGAUUUUACCAGUGACUUCUAGUUUUUCUCCCAUCUUCAUUUGUAAAGGAGGGUGGGGGGUGUGCGGUGGGAAGGGGUAGCGUAGUCAAAUGUGGCUGCACCUCCCACCCUGAAAUGCUGUUUACCAUGUAGGGGUGUCUAAAUAUUUUAAAACAGAAUUUUUCCAUUGUUACUCUGUAUAAUAUGCCAAACGAUGACCUCAUACAAAUAAUAGUAUUAUUAAAAAAGCACAAACAUGAUUUAACUAUUAAGAAAUGUUUUCCUUUCCCUUUUUUUUUUUUUUAAUCACAAGAAACACAGUGGCAGCAGUAAUUCACUGGCAACUGCAGUGAGGUGUUGAUGAGGUCUGGUUUAGAUUUCGGUUAUGUUGCGGGAGGAGGGUGGUGGUGGAUGAAUCUGUUACACCUCAAAACCCUCUCUGCCCUGAUGGACGGAAGGACAGACCUGUCUCUCCUCUAUCCACAACAAAAAUGUCAAUGAAUAAAGAAGCCCUAACCAUGUCAGGAUUACUUGGCAGGGGCAAUGACCAUGGAAUUUUGUAGAAAAUGUUUUUUUUGAAUUAUUAUUACAUAAAACAAGAUGAGAGAAGAAGAGGUACGGUAGUAGUUGUCUGUGUUCCUGCCGCUCCUGUGUUAACGCGUUAUGUUGUGACUCCGUUGAAUUUGGUACAGAACCACUUCCCCAGGGCUGUGGUGUUGGAAGACAAAUAAAAUAUAUUGUUUGGUAUAAA